AUGAAGGUCCUGCUGGAAGACAUUCUGAAGACCCUGCAGUAUGCCAGUGAAGAUAUCCAGAUGAAGGCCCUGCUUGUCUUCAGAAACAUACUGGGUCAUAUGACGAGGGAGGAGGCCAGUCCCAUUGCUCUGAAGCUGGCAGUGAAGCUCCCGCCGCUCUUCAGCAACAUCCCGUGUUCAGAACCCGACGCCGGAGCAUCUCCCCUCACAUCAGCCACGCUAAAGCCCUUGCUCACCGUGGGCAGGGAGCGGCUGUUGCUGAAGUUCUCCCGUCUUCCUCCCGAGCAGGCGUCCAGCCAGCUGCGAGAGUCCUCCAUCCGCCUCUUCGGAGACAUCACGCAGAUGGUGGUGUGGAGACACAGGAGACAAAUGAGGAAGAACGUGCAGCGGGGCCUGCUCCCACUGCUCUUUCACAUGAGUGACCAGACCCAGAGCGUGGCCAAGGCCUCCAGGGAAGCCCUCCUAUCUGCUGCGGAAUUCCUGGAGCAGAAGCAGCUCAAGUACCUGACCCAGACGGAGCAGGCAUGGAGGAUUGGAGAGUGCUUGCUGGUGCAGGACAGGAACAGGGUGGAAGAUUACCUGUGGCAGAGCCUGCUGUACCUGAAGGAUGCUCAGGCCACCGUGCGAGAGGAGGCCGUCAGGUUCACCGGGCUUGCCGCGCGGCACCUGAGGGACCAAAGUGCGGAGCGGCUGCGUGAAGUCUGUGAUGCCCUCAAGCCCUUGCAGGAAGACAUCGAGCCCUCCAUCUGUUCGCUGGCAGCUCAGACCAUGCUGAUCGUGGGUUCUCCAAGGAAGCGGCCAGCAUCAGGAUGGACCAGGGCGCUGUGCUGCUGGCCCUGCAAAGCCAGGGAAAAGUGAAGGUCUCCUUGGGAAAAUGGAAAAUUAAAGCUGCAUCAGCCAACCCAGUGCUGUGGUCUCCUUCCCGCGGGGAGGGGAGCGCCCCGAGCAGGCGGAGCAGGCAGCGCCGUUCCUGCCCUCU